GUUCAAAUCAGCAUGCAAUCACAAUUAGUCAGUUCCUCAUACGGUAAGGGUAACGUCAAGUUCCUUAAGGUCAAGAAAGAUCCUUCCAACCCCCAAAUCCAAGACGUAUUGGAAGCCAAUGUCAAGGUAUUGUUGAGAGGUAACUUUGAUGUAUCAUACACCGAUGCCGAUAACUCCCCCAUUGUUCCCACCGACACCGUCAAAAACACCAUUUUGGUGGAAGCCAAGAAUACCGAUGUGUGGCCCAUCGAACGCUUUGCUGCCCACUUGGCAAAGCACUUUAUCUCCAAGUACGACCAUAUUUCUGGAAUCGAAAUCACCAUUGUUCAGGCCAAGUGGUCCAAGUACGAAGUUAACGGCAAGUUACACGCCCAUUCGUUCAAGCAUGAAGGACCUGAGACCAGAAUCACCGUGUUGGACUAUACCAGAGCUUCCAAGCAGUUGAAAAUCACCUCUUCCAUCAAGGACUUGACGGUUUUAAAGUCCACCGGAUCCAUGUUCUACGGGUACAACGUGUGCGACUACACCACCUUACAGCCCACCAAGGACAGAGUCUUGUCGACCGAUGUCGAUGCUUCAUGGGUUUAUGACAGUAAGUACCUCCGCACAUUGGACGAUGUGUUUUCAUAUGCUGACAAGGGACUAUUCGAUGAUGCCUACAACGGGGCCAGGAAAAUCACUUUGGACAAAUUUGCCUUGGAGAACUCGGCAUCAGUUCAGGCCACCAUGUACAACAUGUCCCACGAGAUUUUGUUGCAGGUCAAGGAGAUUGAAACCGUCACCUACCAAUUGCCAAACAAGCAUUAUAUUUUGUUCAACCUCGAGUGGAAGGGUAUAAAAAACAAUACCGAUUUGUUUUACCCAUCACCAGAUCCAAAUGGGUUGAUCAAGUGUACCGUGGGCAGAAAGGUGUCUGCCAAGUUGUAGGUAUUUAUAUUUAUAGAAUAUAAACGUGAGCAUAGUCUUACACCACG